CGAAUUUCUUGUGUUUUGUAUUUGAAACUGUGAAAAGGAAUCAGAGAAUUUGCAGAAGAAAUGCAGGCGAGCCGGGCGUUAUCACAGUCUCCGAGUUUCGAAUGUUAUUCCAAUAGGAAUCUAGCUGAAAUUGCUGAUAGAGUUGUUGAAGAGUUCAGGGCUGAAAAUGGAACUGAAGCGGAUUUUCUUGUUGAAGAUGAUGGAGGUUUCAGUUGCUUUGAAACUGGAAGAAAUUUGAAUGAGAAAGUGGAAGAGGAGGAGGAUAAGGAUGAGAAUCACGAGGAAGAAAAAGAAGAUGACGAUGAAUUUGAGUUUUCUUUUGUAAAAGAGUCCGAAUUUUCACCGGUUGCAGCUGAUGAAAUCUUUGACAACGGACAGAUCCGUCCAAUUUACCCGAUUUUCAAUAGAGAUUUGUUGUUACAACACAGUGGUUUCAUGAACGGUAGCUCUAAUUCGAAUACGAACUCGAAUUCGACGUCUGAGGAGGCUUCUGCUCGGCCGAGAUCAAUUCGGCUUCCGUUAAGGAAGCUUUUCAUGGAAGAAGAGCGAGAAGCUAACUCGUCGUGCUCUUCGUCUGAAGCCGACGACCUCGAAGGGAUUCCGCCGGGAACGUACUGCGUGUGGAGGCCUAAGGAGGAGGAAAAGUCUGCUGGAGGUUGUAAGAAGAGCAAUUCCACAGGUUCCUCAAAACGCUGGAAGUUUCGUGAUCUCAUUCACCGGAGCAAUAGUGACGGCAAGGACACUUUCGUCUUUUUGACUCCUUCGCCCAAAAAGGGAGGAAAAAACAAAGCAGAAAAGACGACGACUGAUGCUCCAAAGGUCGCCGCAAAAUCAAAGGGCGUUCCGGCGGGUGAAGGUUACCCGGCGAUGCAUUACGUGAAGAACGGAGGCGAGAAAAGGAAAUCCUACUUACCGUACAGGCAAGAUCUAGUAGGCUUCUUUGCUAAUAUGAAUGGGUUGAGCCGGAAUGUACAGCCAUUCUGAGGUGAAUACGCAAUUAAGGUCUUUAUUAAUUACGAUUAAGUAGUUGAUUUUGAUGGUUUUAUUUUUGAAGUGAUUAAAUUAGGCUUAGUCGCUUAGAGUGUUUGUAAAUAUGUGGAUAAGUUUUGUCUUCAUCUCUGUUGAUGGAUUAUGAAUGAAUGAUGGUAGUAUUUUCUUCCAUU